GUGUGAUGUUCGCCGCGCACCCUUAAGCAUGUCUAUUUUUAACAAUAAAAAAACAUAAUUUUAUUCUUUGUGUUGAUAUAAAAUAUAAUAAUAAUAAUAACAAGAAUUUUACAUUUAUCCAAGACUCGUUUGUUGUUAAUGAAUAUUUUUCAAUUAUUAUUAUAAAUGUUAGUGAGUUUGUUGUUUAUUAUUAUUAUUAUUAUUAUUGUGUAAUUAAACAUUCGAAAAAAUAUUGUAUAAUAAUCAUUGAUUGGUAGGAUGAAAAAAUAUUUCAAGUGAUUUGUAAAUAGUUGAAAAUUGUUAAAAAAAUACUUUGUAAAGUUAAAAUACAUAUAUAUAUUAUAUUGGAGUUGGAUCAAUGGCUGAAGGAUAAAUUAUUUCUGUCACGUGAUUUAUUGGUGAAAAGUCCUCGACACUCGACCACAAGUUUCACGAUAAAAAAAAAGAAAAUAAAUAAAGUUCAAGUGAGAAUAUAACAAAAAAAGUAAACAUCUGUUAUACUAGACAAGCUGACUAGAAAUGUUGUGGUAUCAAAGAUAUGAGUAAAGUACUUUUCAAGUAUUGAAAAUAUAUAUUGAGAGUCAACGUCAACAUCCUGUUUCGCCUGUUGCAAACAAUCACAUUUAUAACAUUAAGAUGACAUAGAAUGGAUUGGGUGGCGCUAGGACGGCGUACCGGUGGUAGAAAAAUAAAUUCAAAUCUAUCACCAAAAUAUUCGCUGUCUUUCGCCCCCCUUGCAAGUUCUUUAAUACUAACAAUAUUACUUGUUUUAACUGUAACACUGACUCUUGCAACAAUUGUUCAUGCUGGAGACAUUUUCGAGGAAGGCAAGUCUGACAAGGAAAUCCUGGACAACUUGCUGCUGUCAACCCGUUAUGAUAAGCGUCUUUUACCACCGGUCCAAGGUACACUGCAGCCCCCACCCCAUACUCGUCAAGAUGAUUACAUUCCAUACGAUCAUCAUAAUCAUCAUCAUCAUCAUCAUCAUCACCAUCAACAACAACAACAACAACAACAACAACAUCAACAACAACAACAACAACAACAAAAUCAACAACAUCAACAUCAUCAUCACCAUCAUCAUCAUGACCUUGAACCCAAUGACCAACAAUCCAAGUACCCUGCCGCGUCCGAGCACCUCGAACAUCAUCAGCACCAACAAUAUCAUCACACAUCACGACACAACCACAGUUCAAAACGAAACGAUGCUGAUUUUUGCUGUGGAAUGCGAUCACCUGGCGAUGCAUCAAUUCUGUCAAAUGAACCACCAUCAUCAUCUUCAUCAUCUUCAUCAUCAUCACCAAGUCAUGUGAAGCUGUUACAGACGCAGAACAAUAGCCACUACACGCCGCACCAACACCUUCGCACCCACCUUAGUGGUACCUUGACUGUCAACGUAAGCGUAUUGUUGUUGAGUUUGGCUUCACCGGAUGAGUCUAGUCUGAAAUACGAAGUUGAAUUUCUACUUCAACAACAAUGGUAUGAUCCAAGAUUACGAUACAGCAAUAGAUCAAGAUAUGAAUUUCUCAAUGCAAUACAUCAUCACAAUGACAUAUGGCUACCAGACACAUAUUUUAUAAUGCAUGGUGAUUUUAAAGAUCCACUUAUACCAGUACAUUUUGCACUGAGAAUUUAUAGAAAUGGCACUGUUAAUUAUCUCAUGAGACGACAUUUGAUACUUUCUUGUCAAGGAAGACUCAAUAUAUUUCCUUUUGAUGAUCCCCAGUGUUCAUUUGCCAUUGAAAGCAUAUCUUAUGAACAAACUGCAAUAACAUAUGUUUGGAAAAAUGACGAGGCAACAUUGCGAAAAAGUCCAAGUUUAACAACUUUAAAUGCUUAUCUCAUACGAAAUCAAACAAUAGCUUGUCCAAUAAAAGCAAGCUGGCGUGGCAACUACAGCUGUCUCAAAGUGGAUCUAAUAUUUACACGUGAUCGUGCCUUUUAUUUUACAACGGUAUUCAUCCCAGGUAUAAUAUUGGUCACAAGUUCAUUCAUAACAUUUUGGCUUGAAUGGAAUGCUGUACCUGCCAGAGUAAUGAUUGGUGUUACAACAAUGCUCAAUUUUUUCACAACAUCAAAUGGUUUUCGUUCAACACUGCCAGUUGUAUCAAAUUUAACGGCAAUGAACGUAUGGGAUGGUGUAUGCAUGUGUUUCAUAUAUGCAAGUCUUCUUGAAUUUGUGUGUGUAAAUUAUGUUGGACGUAAACGACCACUUCACAAUGUUGUCUAUCGUCCCGGUGAAAAUCCAGUUACCCAGCGGCUUCCAGCGGUGCUCAGCAGGAUAGGAAUAAUAUUGGCGAGUCCCUUGCCCCUGUCGCAGGGAGAAAAGAAGCGAGAAGGUGGCAAUCAAACAAGUAGCAGUAAUGGUCCAAAUGAAAUAAUAUCAUGUACAAAUUGUGGUCCAAAUCCUUGUACACAUACUGCAAACAAUGGAUGUGCUGCUGAGGUACGAAAAAAGGAACCACCACAUCCAAUAAGAGUCGCCAAAACAAUUGAUGUUAUUGCAAGAAUUACAUUUCCAAUUGCCUAUUUUUUCUUUCUCACAUUUUUCUUCAUUCACUACAAAGGAGCGACAUAAUUUUAUUAUUAUUAUUAUUAUUAUACACAUUAUAUUAUGACUGACCUGCAAAUUUCAUCAAAUAAAAUAAUUAAAUAAUAUUGUAUACAACACAAACAAUUCAUCAAUUAAUAUUAUUUUAAAUAGUUUGCGUGUGUGUGUGUGUGUGUUAUUAUCAAAUCACAAUCAUCAAAUUUACAAAUAAGUUUUUUCAAUUGAAAAAUAAAGCUCGAAAAUGUUGAUGAUGAUGAUAAAAUAAUACAAGAGAAAAUAAUUAUAAUAUUACAUCUCAAUUUGCUUUGAAAUAAAUAAUGUAUUAUUAAUUUCUAUAUAAAUAAUAAUAAUAAUAAUAAGGACACGACGACGAUAACAAAGUUGAUUGGUUUUAUCGUUUUUGUAUUUUCCAAUAAUUAUUAAUUUAUUACAAUAUCAUUGUGGAAAAUAUAUUAUAUUGUACAUACAAAAUACAUAAUUUAAUAUAAUUAUUGUUAUAAAAUGUUUACAGUGCAAUUCAUUGAUUAUUAAUUAAUUAAGAAUUUGCAUGAAAGUAUAAUAUAACACACUGGUGCUUUUUCGAUAAUAAUAAUUAAUUAUACAUAUAUAAAAAAUAUUUAUCAAUUUAAUAAUCAUCAAAUUUAGUCUUAAAAAAUAAUAGAAAACAUUGCAAUACUAUUUGUAAGUUUAAAUUGUUGCAAAAUAUCUAUAUUUAAUAAAAACAAAAAUAAUAUGGCAAUCACACAUUAUUUCAUAAAAUAUAUUAACAAAUGCCAUACAUCAUUUAAUUCAAUAUAAUUUAAUUGAUAAAAAAAAUAAUCACUGCGUACUAUAUACAUGUAUAUCCCGAUGAAUUAUAAUUAUUAUGAUUAUUUUAUAAAUUAACUGCCAAAAAAUUAAUAACAAAAAAACAUGUGAGUCAAUCAGGAAACAUUAUUAUUUAUUAAAAUUUUAUUCAAAAAAAUAAUACGUCCAAUUGAAAUACCAUUUUUAUUUUUGAAAAUAAAAAAAGGAAGAUAUUUGUAUAAUAUAUAAGUAUAUUAAAAAUUAAAUAUUCAAAUUACAAUAAUAUAUAAAUUGAUUUAUUAAAUAAAAUAGCCAACAAUGCCGAAUUAUUAUUUUUAUCAAAAUUGUGUUCUUUCGUUGCAUUAUUGCCAAAAAAAUAAUUUAAAAAAUCAACAAAAAUUAAAUUUAAAUAAUAUAUAUUAAUAGUCGCAUUGCUCGCACCAAUUAGUUACUAAGCACACUGUCUUUAAAUUUUAUAUUGUAUAUUAAUAUUAAUAAUAAUUACAUUGUUAUUAUUAUUAUUAUUAAUUAAUAUGAACUGUAAAUUUUAUACUAUUAAAUUUACAAGUUGCAAUAUAUUAAAGAAAAAAAUCAACUAAAAUAUAUAUUAUUAUUGUUGUUAUUAUUAUAAAUAUUGCAAAUGACAUGUUUUCUGUCAGCUAAGUCGAAAGAAUAAUAUCUGUUGAAAAUAAUAAAGAAAAAAAGAAUAUAAUUCAUUACCUCAACAACAAAAAUAAUAAUAAUAAUAAUAAUAAAAACAACUGUUUAUUAUUGUAUAAUUAAAAUUUAAAAAUUAUACACUACGGACCAACAUAAAUAAAAUUAACCAGUACAGUACAUUAUAUAUUCUGCGAAAAAUAAAAUAAAAAAAAUCAUGCAACAAAAAAUAAUAUAUAAAAAGUUAAACAAAAUAAUAAUAAUAAUAAUAAUAAUAACAUGAAAAAGAGAAGAUGAAAAUUAAAGUUCAUCAGCAAUUUAAUUAGUCUCUAAAUAAACUCACCAACAUAAUAUUUAUUCACUUGAAAAAUAAAUAAAUAUGAAUAAAUAUCUGGCUUUUCAAUUAAUGAAAAAUAAAAUGAAAUAAAGCUUGGAUAUAUUAAUUGAUAUUAUAGAUUUUGAAAUAUAUAAUUAUCACAAGUGUGAGUGUGUGUGUUAAAUAAUAAAUUAUGAUUUAAUUUUUGUGGAAUGAGGUGUUGACCACCACAUUAUUGCAAAGCAUUACUCUGUGAUUGAAUUAUCCAAAAAAAAUAAAUAAUAAAACACUUGAAAAAUAAUUUAAAAUAAUUUUUAAAAAAUAAAUUGAAUAUUAAAUUUUUAUGUCGAAAAAUAUAUCAACAUUUAAAUUGAAAAAAAAUAAUUGAAUUUAAUAUAUUAAGAUCAAUUGAUAUAGUAUUAAAUAUUUUCACAGCUUAAUUCAUAUAAUUAUAUAGGUAUAUCAAGUUCAAAUACAUUUUUUGUCAGUUUAGAUUUUAUCAUCAUCAUUAUAUAGUACAGUUGAGCAAUACAAAAAUUUAAUUUAUUAAUAUAAUUAAAUAAAUCAAUUAUAUAUCUAAUUUUAAAAUAUCACAUCGAUUACAUCAAGUAUAUUUUCUAUAAUUGAAAAUUUAAAUCUCACAUGUGAAUUUUAAUUGAAAAAUGUAAAUAUUAUAAGAUGAAAUAUGAAUAUUGAUGCAAGCCUUAUUUAGAAAUUCGAUAGAUUUUAGUUUAAAUAAUUAUUCAAUUAUAAAUAAAAAUAUUAACAUAUAUAUUAUAUUAUAUUGUUGAUUAGUUUUUAUUCACGUUAUCAACAAUACAUACAUGUGGAUGCGCAUCGUUUGCAAUAUUAAAUAUAUCCAGUAAAUUUGCACCUUUCAAAAUGCUAAAAUCUAAUAAAUUAUAUUAUAUAAAUAACAUUAUGUAAAUAAAUAAAAAUCAAUUGAAAUAA